AUGUCUCUCCUCGCCCGCUCUGCUGCUCCCCUCCGCCAGGUCGCUGUCCGCGCGCGUGCGGCGCCUGUGCGUUCCAUGCACGGCGAGUACAAGCACAUUCCUUUCAACUACGACAAGAAGGGUGUGUUCGGCGCCAAGGUCGUCAGCUACCUUGUCUUCGGCUUCAGCAUCCCCUUCGUUGCUGCCUACUACCAGCUGAGCAAGUCUUCCGGCUCGGCAUAG